UUUCUCUCUCUCACUCUUUCUCUCCCCCAAACCUUUUGUACUACCCCAAUUAACCAUUACCAUACACAUACUCUCAUCUCCAUCACGCCACAAACGCAUCUUCAUCGCCUCUCCAUCACCAGUGGCUCCUCUCGAAGGUCUCUCCAGCUGUUACUUUGAUUGUUUAGUAUUGAGACAGAUCUCUUGGGAAGAAUCUUGAUUGAUUGAUAAGAAGAAGCCUUAAAGUUCUGUUUUUUUUAUCUUUUCCCUCUGAUCUGCAAAGAUCAAUUUGGGAUCGAAGUUGUUUGUGAUGGAAGCUAGAAUUGAAGGUGAGGGUCAACAUUUCUAUGGAUACAGAGCCAUGGAUGUUGGCAAAAGGAGCGUGGAGUGGGAUCUGAAUGAUUGGAAGUGGGAUGGUGAUCUCUUCAUAGCAACACCGUUGAAUCCUGGUGUUAGCCAAACCAUGGGGCGUCAGUUUUUCCCACUAGGGAACUCGUCAAAUACCUCUUCUUCUUGCUCUGAUGAAGGGAAUGAUAAUACAAGAGAAGUUGAGAAGAGAAGAAGAGCUGCUGCUACAGGGGAAGAUGGUGGUGGUGGUGGGCUUAGUUUGAAGCUGGGAGAGAAUGGUUAUGAUCUUAAUGGUGAAAGAGAAGGGAAGAAGACGAAACUCGGAGGAGGAAGUGGGACAAAUCAUCGCUCGGUUUGUCAGGUGGAGAGCUGUGAAGCUGAUCUUAGCAAAGUUAAGGACUAUCAUAGACGCCAUAAGGUGUGUGAGAUGCAUUCUAAGGCUACUAGUGCACUCGUCGGUGGAAUCAUGCAGCGGUUUUGUCAGCAAUGUAGUAGGUUCCAUGUUCUUGAGGAGUUUGAUGAAGGAAAGAGGAGCUGCCGUAGACGUUUGGCUGGACAUAACAAACGUAGGAGGAAGACAAAUCCUGAACCUGCCGCCAAUGGGAAUCCCCUGAGUGAUGAUAAUCAAUCAAGCAAUUAUCUGUUGAUUUGUCUCUUGAAGAUACUCUCCAAUAUGCACUCAGCCAAUGGAUCAUCAGGUGAUCAAGAUUUGAUGCCUCAUCUUCUCAAGAGCCUUGUCAGCCAUGCUGGUGAACAGCUAGGGAAGAACUUGGUCGAACUUCUUCUACAAGGAGGAUCGGGUUUGCUUGCAGCUCCUCAAGAGGAUUCGAAGCAAGCUCCUGAGCUUCCUCGGCAGGAACUGUAUGCCAGUGGGAACAGAUCAGAGAAACUACAAACCAAAGUAAAUGAUUUUGAUCUGAAUGACAUCUACAUAGACUCUGAUGAUGGCGGCACAGAUCUCGAAAGAUCUUCUCCUCCUACCACUACUACGAAUCCAGCAACAAGCUCUCCUGAUUAUCCUUCCUGGAUACAUCAGACUAGUAGGAACUCAGAUUCAGCAUCUGACCAGUCACCAUCAAGCUCCAGCGAAGAUGCUCAGAUGCGCACAGGGAGGAUUGUGUUCAAACUAUUUGGGAAAGAGCCAAAUGACUUUCCUCCUGUCUUGCGUGGACAGAUUCUUGACUGGCUAUCUCAUACUCCAACUGACAUUGAGAGCUACAUUAGACCUGGUUGCAUCGUAUUGACCAUUUAUCUUCGUCAAGCUGAAACUGCUUGGGAAGAACUUUCUGAUGACAUGGGCUUUAGCUUGAGCAAGCUUCUAGAUCUCUCAGAUGAUCCUCUAUGGACAAGUGGAUGGAUUUAUGUUAGGAUGCAAAACCAAUACGCAUUUGUAUUCGACGGUCAGGUUGUUGUUGACUCUUCUUUACCGCUAAGAAGUCAUGAUUACAGCCACAUUAUUAGUGUUAGACCGCUCGCUGUAGCUGCUGCAACAGGAAAGGCUCAGUUCACAGUAAAAGGCAUCAAUCUCCGUCGACCUGGCACAAGGUUACUUUGUGCUGUAGAAGGAAAAUACUUGAUUCAGGAGAAUGAUGAUCUCAAGGAGAGUAAUGAGUGUGUCAGUUUCUCUUGUGAUUUGCCUAUUACAAGCGGUCGAGGAUUCAUGGAGAUUGAAGACCAAGGAGGACUCAGCAGCAGUUUCUUCCCUUUCAUAGUGGUUGAAGAAGAUGACGUUUGUUCUGAGAUCCGUAUACUCGAAACCACAUUAGAGUUCACUGAUACUGAUUCCGCUAAGCUAGCUAUGGAGUUCAUUCAUGAACUCGGUUGGCUUCUUCGCAGAAGUAAGCUCGGUGUGUUCUCAUUAGCACGUUUCAAGUGGCUCAUCGAGUUCUCAAUGGACCGAGAGUGGUGCGCUGUGAUCAGAAAGCUACUGAACAUGCUCUUUGAAGGAGCUGUUGGUGACACUUCCUCUGAUGCCGCCGCGCUAUCAGAACUGUGCCUUCUUCACAGAGCCGUCAGGAAAAACUCUAAGCCUAUGGUGGAAAUGCUCUUGAGAUACGUCGUUCCUAACCAGCAAAGAAUACACAGCUUGUUUAGACCUGACUCUGCUGGUCCAGCAGGUUUAACACCUCUUCACAUUGCAGCUGGUAAAGAUGGUUCAGAAGAUGUGUUGGACGCUCUAACAGAAGAUCCCUCAAUGGUGGGGAUUGAAGCAUGGAGAACAUCUAGAGACACCACAGGCUUUACACCGGAAGACUACGCGCGCUUACGCGGUCACUUCUCAUACAUCCACUUGAUCCAACGCAAGAUCAAUAAAAAGUCAGCAACUGAAGAUCAUGUUGUGGUCAAUAUCCCUGCGUCCUCUAUCUCAGACCGAGAGCAGAAAGAAACAAAAUCAGGUUCUUCAGCGUUGGAGAUCACACAUGGAAACCACAAGCUUCAGUGCAAGCUCUGUGACCAUAAGCUGGUGUAUGGGACAGCACGCCGGUCUGUAGCAUACAGACCAGCUAUGCUGUCAAUGGUGGCGAUUGCUGCGGUUUGCGUCUGUGUGGCACUUCUAUUCAAGAGUUGCCCAGAAGUGCUUUAUGUGUUUCAACCGUUCAGGUGGGAGUUGUUGGACUAUGGAACAAGAUGAGUGUGUAAGUCUAUGUUGAAAAAUCUUCUAAGUUAUAAAUAAAAUAAAUGUUACUUUAUAUAAAUGUGUGAUUUCUAUAUUGUAAUAUAUAAAGAUAUAGAGACAUGUGUUUAGAAGGUUGUUGUGUGUAAAAGCUCUCUUUUCUCUCUGGAACCUGAGGAUUCUCUUUCUGUAACUCUGAUUAGUAUUUUUUCUUUUGUUGACAUGAUUAUAUUUUUGUAAUUUUAACAAUGGAGAUGAUGUUUGUACUA